UGGAGAAUGUGUGCAUGUCUUCGUCUUUGUUUCACUCUAUAUAUAAACCCAUAGUUGGUAAUGUUAAGUUAUCUAGCUCUUUGAAGAAGUUUGCUUGCAUAAAAAAAGUUCCAAUUAAAGAAAAUGUCAAAACAAAUAAAAAAAGGAGAAAAGGAUUUGAAGAGUGUUCUGGAGGAUUGUGUGGCAAACUAUAAAAUUCUAUCGAAUGAAGAUCAUUACAUUCUUCAGAUUCCUUUGCCACCUGGAAUCGAGUUGAAAGAGAUAAUAGUUCAAAUAAACAAAAAAGGGAUGGCAAGGAUCCUUUGGAAACUGAAAGCAUCAGGGAAAAGCAUUACCACAAAAAAAAUGUUACCCUUUCUUCCACAGGGAGAUUGCGACCGUGAGGGGAUUCAAGGAAAGGCUGAAAAGAACCAUCUUUAUGUCACUCGACCAAAACUGAAGCCCUCUGCCACUCCAGAUAUGGUAGAAUCACUCAGACACAAUGCGCCCAACAGAGAAGGUGGGGUGGUUGAUCAUCCUCAACAGACCACUGGUAGAAGUAAUACCAUAAGUGUGGCAGCAACCAAGACAGAAGAAGGUUUUGGUGCAGCACUAGCAGCAGCUUAUUAUGAUGAUCUUGCCACAAAGCUUUGGACUAACCACAGGGAAAUAUUGAAUGUAGUUUUCGGUUUGGCCAUAAUUGGUAUUAGCAUGUAUGUUAUAACCGGGAAACAUAUCUGAAGAAGAUUCAACAAUAUAUUUACAGAUAAAUUGUAAAAUAAAUAAAUUUACCAGCUACAUUCUGCAAUGUGAUUCAAU